AUGAGCCAAAAAUCUGUAAUAAAUAAAAUACCCUUUGAUUUGGAGCCAUUGGGUAUAAUUAGAACUAUAAUGGGAUUGAGAAACGGUAUCUAUUAUGGUUGUCGUGUAAGAUUUAUGCAUUCGAUAGUAAUGUCUCUUCUAUUUAAAUCAGGUUCUGUUUAUGAUAAAAUUUUUAACGUUGUUUAGCCUACGUAUGAGCAUGGUAAAAAUCUUGGUAUGUAUGUCUUCCUCUAUAAAGCCAUAGUCAAUUUCCUUGAAUAUGUAAGGAAAGGAAAGAAAGAUAAAAUACAUUCUUUAGUUGCUGGAGCCAUUAUAGGAAGAUAUGUUUUUGGAGAAAAGACACCAGUUAACCAUCAGAUAGUUUUGUAUCUGCUCUCGAGAAAUAUAACAGGCGGAGCCACAAACCUGUAAGCUCGAGGUAUCUUUCCGAAGAUGAAAUUCUUUCCCAUAUUAGCUGCAAUAUGCUGGGGAUUAGUAAUGUUCAUAUACGAAGUAGAUAAGCUUUCAUUGCAAAAAUCACUGAGUGACUCUAUGGAUUUUCUUUACAAAGAAUCUGAUUUAAAUCUUAAGCAUUGGACAGAGUUAGUACCUUUCAAAAUCCCCUCUUUUAUAUUAGAAAAUUUAAAUAAUAUAUUUAAAACACCUCUACCAAACCUAACAAAUUGA